UCCAUGUGCGGCGCCGGCAGCUGCAGAAAUGGCCGGACAGUCGGGGAUGGAGGCGGAUUUAACCAGAGAUCUACUUUUCCUUGGUGUGGAAGAGGAGGAUUUGUUUAAGACUAAAUAUUCUUUGACUGCCAGUGAAGAUGAGGAUGGCAGUGACGAUGAGAGAAAGCACCAAAAACUGCUGGAGGCAAUUAGUUCUCUCGGUGACAAAAAAAGGAAGAAGAAAACAGAGAGAACAGAAGCUAGUUUGCAGAUUUCGGAGUUCACCGUCAGUUCGGAAGGAACUAAUGAGAAGAUUGAGCUCUCGGAUUUGGUGGGAAACAUCCAACCAUCCUCUUCCUCCUUGAACAAAGUGAAAAAACAGCUCACGAAAUUUGAGAAAACAAACAAGCCACUGGAUUUACCCCUCAACAAACAGCAAAGUGAAAAGAUUCAAAGGACAUUAGCCUAUGAGAAAACAACAAAGGAGAUUACAAGAUGGGAUCAUGUAGUGCGACAGAACCGGAAAGCAGAGCAGCUCACCUUUCCACUAAACAAGGAACAACUUACUGUCAAGCCAGUGGAGGAAGUGAUGGCAAACUGGAAGGCACGGACACCCUUAGAACAGGAAGUUUUUAACUUGCUUCACAAAAACAAGCAACCGGUAACUAUGCCUUUUGUGACUGCUCGGGAACAGGCUUCAAUGCGAGCUAUGUGUCUGGAGGAGGCACGAGAGCGUCGAGCUGAGCUGCAGAAAGCAAGAGCCCUUCAGUCAUAUUAUGAAGCUAGAACGAAAAGGGCAAAGAAAAUCAAGAGCAAAAAGUUCCAUAAAAUUGUGAAGAGAGUUAAACGAAAGGAGAUUUUGAAGAAGUUUGAAGAGCUAAGGAAGACUGAUCCUGAGGCAGCUCUUGAGGAAUUGAAUAAAAUGGAACAAAUGCGAAUAGAGGAAAGGAUGUCGCUCCGGCACCAAAACAGUGGAAAAUGGGCCAAAUCUAAAGUUAUCAUGGCAAAAUAUGAUAAUGAGGCACGAAAUGCAAUCCAGAAACAGUUGGAAAAGAAUAAAAUGCUCACAACAAAAGUGGUCCCUCAGUCAGAGAGUGAGGAUGAAGUUGAAACUGAGGUGGAUAAGGAUGAAACUGUUCCAGAUUUUGUGAAUGAUGUUCAGAUGGGUACCACAGCCAACCCUUGGAUGUUGGGGAAAUUGAGUACUGAUCCAAUAAAUCUUGAAGCCGAUAAACCACAGAUUACUACUGCUGCUGAUGUGAAGUUGGAUGGCAGUGAAGAAUCUGAUGAACGGGAGAAUCUAUCAGAAGAUGAGAAGUUGCUGCAGGAAUUUGAAGAGAGACGGAAAAUUCGUAAAGAGCAUGAGGGUGCACAGACUGUUAAAGUGGAUGCAAAAGGUGCAAAUAACAUUAACAAUAAAAAAGAAAAGAAAAGCACUGUGUCCAAUGGCCAAAAUGAGAAAGAGAAGCAACUCGAAAAUGAUGAAGGUGAAUUUAAUAAGCUUUUUCAGAAAUUGGUUAAGAACAAAUCGCAGCCUUUGUCAAGCAGAGCUAAGAGAAAUCAAACCAAAAGUAAGAAAAAGAGAACCGAGAAGAAGAUGGAGGAUGUACAGAUACCAGAGGAGAAAGAUGAACCAUUACUAAAUGAACAGUUAGAGCGCAAAAAGACAGUUGAAGAGUUUGAUGCUUUGAGUCAGGAUGAACAACAUGAACUUACUGUGACAACAGCUUUGAGUACUUCUCACAUCAGUAACAGUGCUGAAGAGGCAGAAAAUAAAUCAGAUACUAAAACUGAAGUGAAAAAAGACAAUAUCAUCAAUCCAAAUAGUGUUUUGAUGCUCACAUCAAAAACCAUUGACGUGCCUUUACUUCCAUCUGCAAUAGAGGAGGAGAAUGAAGAUCAAGAAGAUCAGCGUAUGAUCAUUAAGGAGGCCUUUGCAUCAGAUGAUGUCAUUGGAGAUUUCAUUAAAGACAAGCAGAGAGAGAUUAACGCUACCAAACCAAAACACAUUGACUUGACAUUGCCAGGCUGGGGUGAAUGGGGAGGUCAGGGUUUGCGCCCCAGUGCAAAAAAGAGAAGAAGGUUCCGUAUCAGAGCUCCCCCAGCUCUGCCAAGGAAAGAUCAGAAUUUGCCUAAUGUAAUAAUCAGUGAGAAACGGGAUAUUGAAGUUGCAGCACAUCAGGUGAAUGAACUACCUUUCCCAUUUGCCAAUCGGCAUCAAUUUGAGAAGAGUAUCUGUGCUCCGCUUGGGAAUACAUGGAAUACCGAGAAGGCAACACACAGAUUAAAUUCACCAAAAAUUGUGACAAAGUUGGGUGCAAUAAUUGAACCGAUCGCCGAAGAGGAUGUGUUUCAUGAUAAGAAGAUGUGCUGGAAAUCAAAUAAGGAACAAAAUCCCCAUAAAAGGAUAAAACGACAGCAAAAGAACACAUCUCAUCGCCGUUAAAAAGUCAGCAUUGCAUGACUUGUUUAUAAUACAGCAGACUUUUGUCAUGUCCUUCUAGGUUGUGGAUUAAAUAAUGGUUUCAUUUUUUGACUAAUUAACUGUGCCAAUCUGGUGAUCGUUUCUGUCAAUUCCUAACCAUGAGAUUCGAUGCUAAAGAGCCCUUUGAAUAUACCUUGUGUUUUGUUGGACGGGGAAGAAAGGUGAAAUUUUGUCAUACGCCACUGUAAGAUUACUUUUAUCUUACAGAUGGCUGUUUGCAGAGUUUAUGCCUUACAAGUCAUGAGAAAAUGUGUACCAUAUUUAUAAUGGCCCCUCCUACCAUUACAGGUGAAAGUCCAGAUAAACCCUGAUACAUGGUCAUUUGGGUUCAAAAUGAAGCAGUACUGAGUUCAAUAACCAUGAGGUAAUUUUGCGGUUCUAUAAAAUUCUGGUGAGGCCACAUUUGGAGUUCGUGUUUAGUUCUGGUCAACUAAUUAUAGGAAGGAGGUGGAAGUUUUAGAGAGGAUGCAGAGGAGAUUUACCAGGAUGCUGCCUGGAUAGAGAACAUGUCUUAUGAGAAUAGGUUGAGUGAGCUAGGACUUUUCUCUGGAGUGAGAGGAUGAGAAGUGAUAGAUGUGUUCAAGGUGAUAAGAGGCAUAGAUUGAAUGGACUGCAAUAAUCUUUUUCCCAGGGUGGAAGUGGCUAAUAUGAGGGAGCAUAAUUUUAAAGUGAUUGGAAGAAAGCAUAGGGGGAUGUCAAAGAUGGGAUUUCUACUCAGAGAGUGGUAGGGGGUGGAACAUGUUGCCAGGGGUGGUGGUAGUAGCGAUAGAUACAUUAGGGAUAGGUAAAAGAUUCUUAGAUAGGCACAUAGUGAUAGAAAAAUGGAGCGCUAUGUGGGAUGAAAGGGUUAGAUUAAUCAGAGGAAGUUAAAAGUUCGGCACAACCCUACACAGGAUUGUUUAAGGGUUCCAAGUGUAGAGCUACGGUCAUUUCACAGGUGAUGAACCUCACUUGCAACUUUCAGAAUCAGACUUGUCAUCACUGACACGUGUUGUGAAAUUUGUUUUGUGGCAGCAGUACAGGGAAGACAGAAAAAUCUAAAAAUUUCAAAAAUAAGUCAUGCAAAACAUUGAGUAAUGCUGGAGUGUUCAUGCAUUGUUCAGAAAUGUAAUGGUGGAGAAAAAGUAGUUGUCCCUAAAUCAUUAAGUAUAGAUCUGAGGCUCCUGUUCUUCCUCGAUGAUGGAUACCGCCUUCUUGAGUCACUGGCUCUUGCAGAUGUCCUCCAUGGUGUUGGAGGGUUGUGUCCGUGAUGGAUCUGGCUGAGUCUAUAACCCUCUGCAGCCUCUUGAGAUCCUGUGCAUUGAAGACUCAACACCAGGCUGUGAUGCAACCCAUGCUUUAUACCACACACCUAGAGAAAUUGACAGGUGUCUGGUGAAAUACCAAAUCUCCUCAAUCUCCUACCUGAUGAGCAGCUGGUGUGCCUUUUUUAUGUUUAUGCCAAUGUGUUGCGCCCAGGGUAAAUCGGCUGAGAUGUUGACACCCAGGAACUUGGAAGCUGUUCACUUUUUAAACUGCUGACUCCUCAUGAGGUUGCAGGCAGUGAGCACAGGCAGGUUCUUCCAGCUGUUGACAGAUCCAGUCCUGUUAACUGACCUGCAUUUCUUCAGUAGGGAUUGGAGGGAAUGGAUGAAGCUCCACAAAUGAUACAAACUACAACCAGGAUGGUACGGUGUAUUGCAGAUUAAAGCUUCUGCCUCACAUCUGCGUCCACACAGCUCCAGUGACAUGGAUUUGAAUGUCCGUAUGUUCUCUCUUUAACUGCAUGAAAUUCCCCGUGUGCUUCUGUUACUUCCCACAUUACAUAGAUGCACAGUUAACUGGCUACACCAAGACAUUCCUAAUGCAGAUGGUUGCCAGAGGAGUCUGGAAUUGAAAGGCACAUGAGAGAUAAUAGGAAGAAAAAGUGGGGGAUUGAGAGUGAUGAUAGCUGAAAAUCUAUUGAUUUGAAGGGCUGAGUGAUUCCUAGGUCAUAAAGGAAAAUCUAGCUGCCUGUUACACAACACCAUUCCCAGUUUUAAAUGUCUGCCAGUAACUUUGUUUUGUGGUUACAUGUGGAAACUCUGGAAUGAAAUAAUUAUAAGUAGUUGAAACUAGUGGGUCUGCACCUCAAUAAAUUUAGAUCCCUGUAGGAGACAAGGUGGAAAGGGAUGGAAAAUCAUUAGAACUAUAUCCCAGUUCAUGAGGUCACAAACUGAAGUGGUGUACAGUAUAAGUCUGAUCUCAAAUGGUGUUCUGUAAUCUGGUAGAUUCCCUCUUUGGCAGCUGCAGAACGAUAAAAAUUUUUUAAAAAUGUACACAGGUGUGGCAGAAAGGUAUAGUUCAACUUUCAGCUCAAUCACUUAUCAGCACUAGGAAAAGUUAAAAGCUGAAUAUGUUUCAAGUCACAUUGAACUGAGAGAUCAAAUGAUAUGAAAAGUGGAUGUACCUGCUGAGAGAGGAUGGCGAAGUCAUGUUAGUCACUGCUUGAAGGAGCUGAAUGAGGACAGAGAUAGUGGAAAAGCUUUCAAACUGUGGGAUACAAAACACUACAGUUGCUGGUCAUGACUAAACAAACAGUGAGGUUGAAGAUGGAAAGCUGGUGGAUGUUUCUACAUGGACUUUAGCAAGGCCUUUAACAAAGACCAGCAUGGGAAGCUGGUCCAGAGAUCAUGCCUUUUGGCAUUCAGGAUGAAGAAGUCAAAUGGACCCAACAUUGUCUUGGCAGAAGAAGCCAGAGUGUGGUAGUACAUGGUUGUCUCUCUGACCGGAGGCCGGUGAUUAGUGAUGUGCUGUUCGGAUCAGUGCUGGGUAUGUUGUUGUUUAUGAUCUAUAUUAAUGAUUCAGAUGAUGAUGUGGUAAACUGGAUCAGCAAAUUUGGGGAUGACAGCAAGAUUUGGGACGUAGUGAACAGCGAGGAAUGCUAUCAAAGCUUGUAAAGUGAUCUGGACCAGCUGGAAAAAUAGGCUGAAAAAUGACAAGUUAGACUUUAAUGCAGACAUGAAUGCUGAAAAAAAUCACAAGGAUGUUGCUGGGACUUGAGGACCUGAGUUACAGGGAAAGGUUGAAUAAUUCACUGGAGCAUGGGAGAAUGAGGGGAAAUCUUACUGAGCGAUACAAAAUUAUGAUGGUGAAUGUAUGCAGGCUUUUCCCCCUCAGGUUGGAUGAGGGUAGAAGUAGAGAUCAUAGUUUAGGGUGAAAAGUGAAAUAUUUAAGGGAAAUCUGGGAAUUUUUUCGCUCAGAGCAUGGUGCGAAUGUGGAACGAGCUGCCAGCAGAAGUGGUAGAUGCGGGUUCAUUUGUAACACUUGAGAAGUCUGGAUGGAUAGAUAGUUAAGAGGUAUGGAGGGCUAUGGGCUGGGUGCAGGUCGAUGGAACUAGGCAGAACACCAGGCCAGCAUGGGCUAGAUGGGUCAAAAGGCCUGUUUUUGUGCUGUAGUGCUCACUGAGCUUAUAGGUUAGAAGAAUGAAGGAAGGAAUUCCAGAGAAUGAACAUUGCAGUAGGUGAUAAUCUUGGGUAAUAUCAAUUAGUUAUAGGAGGAGAAAGUAAAGUAACAGCAUGCAAAUAUUCAAGAUCCAAGUACACUUAUUAUAAAAGAAUAUAUAAAUUAUACAACCUUAAGAUUUACUUGCUCACAGGUAGCCACCAAGCAAGAAACCCGAAAGAACUCAAUUUAAAGGAUAAAAAUAAAAUGUGCUCGAGAAAGAAAAAAAAAUAAGUCAUGCAAACAAUUGAACAACAGCAUUUGAACCAAAAGUGAGUCCCAGAACAACCCAAAGCCUCGCUUAUCAGUUCAUCAUAUUAGCGGGCACGGAGUAUGGUAUGGUCACAGAGAUAAAAUAACAUCAAGGUCACUUAUACAGCUCCCUAUCUUGGAAAUAUUCUGGAAAUUCCUCACUACAUUGAUGUAAUGAAGAUUUCUACAUGCUAUAUAUUGCCAUUUUCUAUACAAAUUAAUGAGCAUUAUAGUUUGCUUCUAAGAAGGUGACUAGAGUACUUAAUGAUUUGUGAUGCUGAACUGCAAAAAUCAAAAAUUUUCAGUACCCCAAUUAUCCAAGGUUUUAUCAUAAUUACUCUUAAUACUCGUUAAUAGAGAGAAAUUGUAUGUAAGUUUCUGAUCCUAAUUUUUGUCAAACACAACAUGCAUAUAUCUACUCUCUGUAAAGUAUUUUGCAUACAUCAUAGUGGAACAAAAGUCAAGCAUUUUAAAGGAUGAAAAAUUGUUUUAGGAAAGAUUCCCGAAUAGAACUAAAGGCUCUGGCAUUAAUAGUGGAAAAGUUAAAAUUGAGAUAGGUUGUACCCUAUUUCCAUUUCUAGCUUUCACACAUGAACUGAAGGUGGGUAUAUUAGGAGAAGGGCUGUGCAGGAAUUUAAUUGUAAUAUGUUUGAGGUCUAAUAAUAGGCCAUUGUUGAUUAGGUUAUCUGUGAGUGGGACUUUGGGUGAGGCUAAAUCUUAUUCAGCUGUGUUUAUGUGUAAGAUUAAAGUAGUAUUCACAAACAAUUGAAAAUCUGCAGAAGCCAGAAAUGCAAGCAACACACACUACUGAAGGGUCUCGGCCUGAAGUGUCGACGGUACUUUUUACCAUAGAUGCUGCCUGGCCUGCUAAGUUCCUCCAGCAUUUUGUGUGUGUUGAUUAAAAUAGCAUUGAAAGUUUUUAGCAAAAAAUUGCACCUCACUUAUCUGGGAAAUACACUAACAGUAAAUAAGGAAAUUUGUGAUUAUGAUUUUGAUUAAUAUCACUAAAACAAUAGCACUACGCAAUAACAGGGACCAAAAUCUCUCAAGUACCCAUAUCAAUAAUUAACAGUAAUCAGCAAAGACAACCCACUUAGUGUAAGGAACUAACUGGAUUUCACUUCCAUUAUCUUUUACUCCUUAAGAUCAUGAAGAAUAUUGUAAAUGAGAAAUAAUUACUGAUUGCACACUUGUGAAUCAUAUGAAAGGAUGAAAAUUUUCAGAUUUUGAACUAUUUUGUGGCUGCAGAGUAACAAAAUAAGUUUCUUCAGUUAGUGUAUUCCCCUCAUAUUUACUUACUCCUUUUAUUGUUUCUGUUCAGUCAAAAAUAUAAGGAGGGAGGGGUGGAAAUCAGGCUGCAUUUCAAAUGAUACUCUAUCUCCAGGCAGAAAGUUUACAUCUUUCAGAAUAGUAUGUGUUAUGUACAGUAUAUUGUGGGCAUUAUGCUCAAAUACUGUUCCACACGGAUGAAUAACUGAAACCAGACUUGGUCCAAUUAUAAAUUACUUUAGGCAACAAUAAAUUUGUGUAAU